AUGGCUUCAGAGUCUCCCCAGAUGGACCGGACGCCGCCCCAAACAGAUCCCCGCGAUCAGUCCAUAGGGGCCUCGGAUUCCAAUAAGAGGAAAGCGGAACAGGGCAACGGAACACAGACGCGCACAAAGCGGAAUCGUUACAUCUCCAUUGCAUGUGAAUUCCGGUCAAUGACCGAACAGAUCACUACCUUGCAAGAUCAAGUCAAUAAUCUGUUCACCAAUCUGAAUGAUCUCCGUACGCAGAGGCCGUCAUUUGAGUCGCCACCGUUCGAUCCAUUGUCGCGGGAUGGCUCGCAGGUCUUCACUCCCUUGCAGGGGGUAGGAAAGCCUCAAUCUCGCCAUCCUCGGUUCCAUGGGCCAACUAGCUCGGCUUUCAACUUCGACGUUGCCAAGUCUAGUCUGCAAAAUAUGGGGAUUACCCCUGCAGAAGAUGGAAUCCCUGAUGACUUGACUACAGCACAUGUUACUCCGGCGACUUCGCCGCCACCUCACAUGGGUCAGCUUCUCCCUACUGUACAUCCGACGAAAGAUCCUAUAUGGACCAUUCGUCGGGAAGAGGCGCUGCGGCUCUGUAAGGUAUAUGAGGAGGAGAUCGGGAUUAUGUACCCUGUGGUGGAUAUUGCAAAAAUCACCCGACAGGCAAUUUUACUCUACACGUUUAUAGAGGCUGCAACGAGAACGGGAUUCGCGCAAAGGGGUCUUCCGGGCUCUGAUGGUCUUCAUGACGAAGCUUCCAUCAUUUUGAAACUGAUCCUUGCCACCACGCUGGUCGUGGAGGGAGGAGGCCAAAGCGAACUUGGGCAGAGACUUUAUCAGAGUGUGAAACCCUUUAUCGAAUCGAAGCUAUGGGAGCCCCAUAGUAUCAAGACGAUUCAGCUGUUCGCCAUUGUUGCUACAUAUCAUUUCCACACCGACGACGAUGCGAUGGCUUAUCGUGUCAUUGGUUUGGCUGCCCGGAUGUGUCUCGAGAUGGGACUACACCGGCGGGAUGCGAUGGUCAAAUCAUUCCCGAACGAAGAACACUGGGAUGAAAUCACUCGCCUGUUCUGGUCUGUCUACAGUCUAGAUAGACGGUGGAGUUUGGGCACGGGAUUGCCCUUCGUUAUUCAAGAUGAAGACAUUGAUCCCAAUCUGCCUGAGCCCGAUGCCUCUCUGCCGUAUCUGCGCUGCAUGAUAUUGUACAACCGCAUCAGCUCCAAGAUCUGGUAUUCGGGCCUAGGCUCCGAGGGCACAACAGAUAUCCGCCGGGAUGAAAUCGGAUACCUCGAUUAUCAAAUCCUGCAGUGGUACAAGCAGGUACCCGACGAACUCAAGUUCUACCCCGUCGAAUCCCCCAAAAAUGGCGACACUGUUAACAGGGGCAUGAGACGACUUCGGGUCCUCCUCUACCUACGAAUGAACCAGCUUCGCAUCCUGAUCUAUCGCCCAGUCCUUCAUUCACCCUCCAGCAUCGCCGAAGACCGCGGUCAUGCCCAGACCGUUGUCGACAUCGCCAAAGACACAGUCCGCGUGCUGACGCGUCUCAAUCAAAUGUCUGAUAUCUACCGCACCCAGCAAAUCACCUUCAACUACUUCCUCGUCGCGGCGCUGGCGGUCCUCUUCCUUGCGGUGUCGCAUGCCCCUGCUGACUUCAAUCGCCAAGUCCGCGAUGAAUUCUACAUGGCCCUCGACCUGAUCAAUGGGUUCAGCACGAAAUCGUACGUGUCCAAACGUCUCUGGAAGACCAUCAAGGGUCUCCGAAAAAUUGGAGAGAAGCUCGGCGUUCUGGCUCGUCCAUUCGGUUCGGAUUCGGCCGAUCCGCACUCCAGUGCUGCCGUGGCUAUGGCCGGUUUGGCGGGUCACCCCAUCGACGAUUUGUCGAUGUACGGACCUGUCAAUGGCCAUGAACUUGGGAACAGUCCCUUGAAUGGGCUCCAGAUGAGCCAUGAGCUGACCAAUUUGUUCGAGGCAGUUGGUUCUUUUGGCAACUUCCUGCCUGCUGCCGAUGGCAUCAGUGGGUUUGUUGGGCCCGAUGGGGAGCUUCAGAAUACCGGGGAGGGACUAUCCGGGGUUUUGGGAGACGAGGGUGAAUUUGCUCGAGCGAUUCGGGAUUUAUUUUGA